CGCCGCGGCGGAGUCGUUAAAGGAGCGAAGCUGUCUUGAAAGGGCCCGGCACUGCCCCGCGCCGCCUCGCCCGUCGCCGCCGCUGCCACCACCGCCCCGGGGCGGGCCGUCGCGGCGGGUGGAUGUCCAGCGCCUAGCGGGCACCGCCGGGGCGGGGACGCACGGACGCCAUGGGCUGCUGCAGCUCCGCCGCGCAGAGCUCCAAACGAGAAUGGAAACCUUUGGAGGACCACAGCUGUACAGAUGUACCAUGGCUGCUCUUGUUCAUCCUCUUCUGCGUAGGGAUGGGCUUUAUCUGUGGCUUUACAAUAGCUACAGGAGCAGCUGCAAGACUGCUUUCAGGAUAUGACAGUUAUGGAAAUAUCUGCGGACAGAAAAAUGUCAAGGUGGAGGGAAUAGCCAACAGUGGUCUGGACCUCACACAGAAGAAGUAUGUAUUCUUCUUGGACCCAUGCAAUAUUGAUCUGGUACAUCAGAAGAUCAAAUCUCUUGCUUUGUGUGUGUCAGCUUGCCCAAGGAAAGAACUAAAAACUUUGGCUGAUGUUCAGAAAUUUGCAGAAACUAAUGGAUCUACUCUGUGUAGCUAUGAACUACUGCCAUCAGAAUAUACUACAGACCCGAGGGCUGCCAAGUUGUGUCCUAAAUAUCCUGUUCCAGAGAGUGCACCUAUUCCAUUCUUCCAUCGCUGUGCUCCUGUGAACAUUUCCUGCUAUGCCAAGUUUGCAGAGGCCCUGAUCACCUUUGUCAGUGACAGUAGUGUCUUACACAGGCUGAUUAGUGGAGUUAUGACCAGCAAAGAGAUUAUAAUGGGACUUUGCUUGUUGUCACUAGUGUUGUCCAUGAUUUUGAUGGUUAUAAUCAGGUACAUUUCAAGAGUGCUUGUCUGGAUUUUAACAAUUCUUGUCAUUCUGGGAUCACUUGGUGGAACGGGAGUCCUGUGGUGGCUCUAUGCUAAAGAACGAAUGUCUGCCAGUGCUGUUGAGACUCAAAUAGCCAAAGAAAAUCGUCAGGCUCUCCUGAUCUAUGCCAUUUCAGCUACUGUCUUCACAGUUAUCUUGCUUUUGAUAAUGUUAAUUAUGCGCAAACGAGUAGCUCUCACAAUUGCCUUGUUCCAUGUGGCCGGCAAGGUCUUUAUUCACCUGCCACUGCUAGUCUUCCAGCCAUUUUGGACAUUCUUUGUGCUUAUCCUCUUCUGGACAUAUUGGACCACAGUCCUACUCUUCCUUGGUACUACAGGUAAUCCUGUCCCAAAUGAAGAAGGAUUUGUUGAGUUUCGGAUGACAGGCCCCCUGAAGUACAUGUGGUGGUACCAUGUAGUAGGACUCAUCUGGAUCAGUGAGUUUAUCCUAGCCUGUCAGCAGAUGACAGUAGCAGGAGCUGUUGUCACGUACUAUUUCACAAGGGAGAAAAGGAAUCUGCCAUUUGCUCCUAUCCUGGCGUCUGUUAACCGCCUUGUCUGUUACCAUCUAGGAACAGUUGCAAAGGGGUCUUUCAUUAUCACAUUAGUGAAGAUACCACGAAUGAUUCUUAUGUAUAUUCAUACACAACUCAAAGGAAAAGAAAAUGCUUGUGCUCGCUGUAUGCUUAAAGCCUGCAUCUGCUGUCUUUGGUGUCUAGAAAAGUGCCUGACCUAUUUAAAUCAGAAUGCAUACACAGCCACAGCUAUCAACAGCACCAACUUCUGCACCUCAGCAAAGGAUGCCUUUGUUAUUCUAGUGGAGAAUGCUUUGCGAGUGGCUGCCAUAAACACUGUUGGGGAUUUUAUGUUGUUCCUUGGAAAGGUCCUGAUUGUCUGCAGUACAGGUUUGGCCGGGAUUAUGUUGCUGAAUUAUCAACGAGAUUACACUACCUGGGUGCUGCCUCUCAUAAUUGUCUGCCUCUUUGCGUUCCUGGUUGCUCACUGCUUCCUUUCCAUUUAUGAAAUGGUUGUUGAUGUCCUUUUCUUGUGUUUUGCCAUCGAUACAAAAUACAAUGAUGGAAGCCCUGGGAGGGAAUUCUACAUGGACAAAGUUCUCAUGGAAUUUGUGGAGAAUAGUAGGAAAUCUAUGAGAGAAGCUGGCCGGGGAGGUGGAGCUGAGGGCAGAGAGCUAAAACCAAUGGCCUCUGGAGCAAGUUCAUCUUGAAACUAGCCAGCCAUAUUGGAACCCAUUGACAUUCCAAAACAAUAUAUAUAUACAUAUAUAUAUAUAUAAAUAUAUAUAUAUAUAUAUAAAUAAUCAGCCAAAAUCAGAGAAAAGGAACAGGGAUUUAAUACUUUUUUUAACAAUUAUUUUUGUGAAACAUGUACUCUUUUCAUACGGGUGGCUUUUACAAGCAGCUUUAUCAUUGUUCCAUUUUUUAAAAUUUAUUCAUUGUAGUCACAGAAAUGUUGAUUCUUAUCGGCUUGAUAUUUCACAAUCUGGAGGAGGAAUCAUUGUAAAGAUAAUUUUAAUGAUGAUUGGGUUUCGAGACAGAUUUCCAAUGACAUGGCUAAUCUGCUGAGAGUUUUUUGUUUAGUUUGUGUAAAUCUGCAUUAAAGUUAGGACAGCUACACAUAAGCAAAAUCUUCAAAUCAAGAACAGUAUUGAAUUUAGCUUUCUAAAAGGUAGUUUUAGUGUGAGUUUCUUCAGUUCUAACUGGUUUGUAAGCAGUCAUUUUAUUCUACGGCCCUGGCAGGGCCCAAUUUUGUUUAUCAGUAUCAGAUAUCACAAUAACCGACUCCUCAGGUAUUCACAUGUGUGGGAGCCCUUGCAUCUCCUAUUCAGCAGAAACUAGAAAAUGGGGAAUAAUGAUUUUUAUAUGCAAUUUACUUCAUGUUUUACCCUACUUACCCUCUUACCAAUUCCUCCCCCCCCACCCUGCCCCAGAUUCAGUAGCCUCCUUCAAACGUCAACAGUGCUCCUUUAGGGACAUAGAUUCUCCAUAUGAGCAAUUCAAAGAACAGGUUGUUAAAGCUCAGUCUUAGUCAUACUCAUGAUUAAUUCAUGACUUGAUGUAAACAUGCUGAGGAUGGAAGGAGAAAUGAACUGUCAUACUGUACAAACAAGUACUCUGUAGUUCAUUUCAUUUGAUGUCAGAGAGGUUUGGGAUGUGUAAGGGACCGUUCCUUGCCUAUUGUUUCACCCAUAUUUCUAUGUACUGUAGCAGGUGGUUGAAACAGGAAAGGGCAGAGGUACGUUUCUUUGGAAGUGUAACUGCCUGGGAUAGUUAUUUGAAGUCAUCGAAUAAUGAUAAGAGAACGUGUUUUGUUUUGUUUUUAUUUAAAAAAAAGAAAAAAAAAGAAAAAGCAGUAGUAGUAUGGUUCUGAGAUAAUUGCAUUUCUUUCAGUCUGGAAGUUCACCAGAUAUGAAUGCUAAUAUUUUGUUCAGCCUGAUGUGCUGGUGAAUGGUUAAAAGUGUAUUUGCUAAGAAUUCAUGAUCUGUCAAUGCUAUAUAGUCCUUUUGUUACAAUUUUUUUAAGAAAACUAUUUUUGUUAAUGUAAAGUUAAUACUGCAGAGCAGAAUUUUUAAACUUAUUGCACUAAAUAUAAGCUCUGUACAAAUAAAUAAUGCCUCAAUGGUUUGAUCACUCCAUUCAAGAAAACCUUUUGAAAGAGAAAAGCCCUUCUGUGGAAGCUUUGCAAUGGAGUGAAGAGGUAUGUCUAGUUAAAGAAACUCAGUUGUACUUAUGGUUUAAAGAGUAAGCUGUUCUCUGUGCUUCCUCUCAGAGGAUCAGACAUCUAAAAAAUAGAGUGUCAUGUAACUAAUCAGUGCUCUUACCUUUUGGCAAUAGUGAAAUGUUUCACCUUUGCUUCUAGAAAUCAUUUGAUACUUACACUUGUUUAGUUUUCUUUCAGUAAACCUAUUAAAAAGACUUACUGUUUCCAUAUCACAGAAAGCAAACUGUAUGAAAAGAAAAUCAAAAUAUGUUUAGAGGUGGUAACUGCUGGGGAGAUGGGAGGACAGAAUUAACCAGUCUUGAAAGCACUAGACACUUAUUUAACCAAACCACAUCAGCUCCUCUGACAUCAGGAGGGCUCUCUAAAGUAGUGAAGUUGUGAGAUACAUUUGUGUGUAUGUGUGUGUUAAUUGAACUAGAACUUCAGCCUAGGGUUCAGACUAGAGCACUGACUGGUGAGGCCUCUCAAUGUGAGCUAGAAGUCAGGCUAUCUAAAAGAAGCCCUGUAACAGCCUUAAGCUUGUGGAGAGGAAGCAUUCCUGCUGUUAAAGCUGGUUGCUAAAGCUGCAAUUGCACUGAACACUGUUGUCUGUGUAGAUCAGUGGGGUUUAGCAACAGAAAUUCGAAAACUGGCUCAUGUGAAUCCUAGAAACUGGAUUCCAAGGCUAAGAGACUUCUCACAUACCCAGUUGCUUCCAGAGAACUGUAAUUUCCGUCUUGUUGGAAAUUAUUGGAGGUGCUUUGAUCAAAGCCUUGGAUUCUGCUCAUUUUUACAACAAUUAUCUGCCGUCACAAGUUCUGCAAGUUUGUGCUCUCUGCUCACUGGAAGUGGGAGCUUUUCUCUGCGAUCGCAACUAGAACUGCAAUUGGAAACAAAUUUUGUAUUUUUGUAUGACUUGACUGUGCACCAUUUUUAUAGCAGUUUAUCCUGUUUUAAGAACAAAUUUGAUUUAUUUACAUGGUGUUUAAGAGAUACAGGCAACACUUUUCUAUGGGUAGCUGUAAAGUUUAAGUGACAAACCUAUAUCAUUACAGAGUUCUUAAUAAAAUCAUAUGCACCA